UCAUGCAGCUCAGUCAAGAGUUGAUGGCUCGCGGCAUUCGGCGGCUUGAGCAUUUUGCGCGGUUUGUUUUAUUUUUGGUGAAACAAACUUUAUCGUAUUGUGUAAACCCCAGGAAUCGAUGAGUUUGUGACCACCAAGUUGUGUUUGCUGAUGAACUUCUCGAAGAGCGCGGAGAUGAAAGUUCAGUGCGACAAGAAUAUCGUCCCUAUCAAACCUAGUUUUACUGUGUCCAAGGCACCUUUGAAACUUAACUGAAACAUCUGUGUCUUCAGUAGAAGAAAAAAUCUCAUCCUAGGGACUACCCGUACAAAAAACGGACGUUGAAGAACAAAUGCGACAAAUUAAGAGUGUUAUGUACCAUGCCUUGAUGACAUGAUUAUUCCAUUAAUUCUGGGUUCUCACUGUACCAAUCCGGGAGAUUGCCAGUCCUUGAUUGAUCCCGCUGGUUCCCCCCAUUGGGAUAACCAAGAAUUUCGCGCCAGCAUCAAGGGGACCAUGCUUAGUCUGCCAAGUGAGGCUUUUAAGUGGGUGUAUAACGCCGAUAGCUGGUAUUUGAAUGAUUAUUCGAGUUUUAAAAGACCACCGAUGAGUCUAUUUGGCAAAGAGGCCGCAAAUAGGAGGGACCGGCUGAUCCAAAUACACAACAACAAACAAGAUAAUAAAGCGGCACUCAGUAAUCUCAUAAACACAGAGAGCACAUCUCCAAGCGUCAAGCAACGAAGCAGCAGCAAAGAGCAAAGUGAGCGGCAACCAACCAGGACUAGUGCCAGCAAUGCAAAUAAAAUAAGUAAGAGAAAAGACCCACUACAUCUUAAACGCAAUACUGUAAAGAAACCUGAGAAUGUACAAGAAGAGAGCGACUCUACAACACCGAAACCCGAAGAAAAAAAGUCGAAGAAAAACACACAGAAGCAAACAAACACCAGAGUUCAAACACCAAUUGGCCGCACUGAUGCCAAAGAAAACACAAAAAUACUUGACCUUGAAACUCGAACAUCCGAGCACGAACCUGUGAGUAAAAAAUCGAAAAUUCAAAUUUCCUCUUGCUUCGUUUCAAUAGGCGACCUAAAUGUGAUCACUACAGAAACCUACUUGAGCGAUUAUCGUCCCAAGUUUCAUGAUACUUCAAAUCCUGGCCAAUCAACGAAGAAUCACUCGCAACAGAGCAAGGCACCCCCAGUCAUAAGAAGGCCGCGCAAACAUCGAUCUCACAGUUUAAGCUAUGCCAGCUUACAGCCCCGAUACAGGCCCAGGUUGAAAGCCAAAUCGCUAACACAUUUGCCCGAUAUUGAAACUUUGAGGGGUUUCAAAAUAGACGACUGCGUGGCACGCCUUAAAAAGUCGAUACCGCUGCAGAACAUUCCAGCAAAGAAUCAUUUAAAAGUGGAUGAACCACCGAAGAAAAGGAGACGUGUUCGCUCCGUGGACAGUUCAGAUAAAGAGUGCGGGCCGAGCAAGCCAAAACAAGCAAAACCCGAUUCAACAAAGAAUCAAACAUGCGAACAAUCAAACAUCAAAGGCCCAAACUCCCCGAGGCACAAAGCAGUAAGACCAUCUACACGGAAGGAAUUGCUCCUUUUCUUAUUUGGUGAGGAUUCGGAAACUGAGGAUGGUUCAACAUGUUCAGAUGCAGGAACGACGCCUAGUAAAAAGGCGAGCGAAUUUACUAGAGGUAGUGUUAAAAAUGCGUUAGUAAAGGGCAAAAAACCACGGAGUCAGGAGGCAAAACCCACCAAGCCCGUUGAAGCUCGACUUAAGAGUAAAGCCAACAAACACUCCAGAAGGUCGCAAAAACCGUCGACUCACCAAAGCCCCAUGUUAAAAUGGCCCCAGCAGGGAUGUACGAAGGAAAUGGAACCAUCGUUGAUCCGACCUAAUCCUCCACCAUUCCAUCAAGGGACCAUCAAGAGCCCAGUUGCUAGUUGCACCAGCAAACCAAAGCCUGCUUCAAAGAGUGAUAUUAAAUUGACUUCCCCUAAGGUUGUCGCCAAGCCUUGUCCAGAACCACUAAUGGCAAAGCAGGAAGAAGAUUUGACGAAAUUCGAAAGCUGUCUUGCAUUGUCUUUGCCAGCGCCGCCUGCCAACCAAACGGCCAAAAUAGCCCAUGAAGAGGACCUUUGCACAUGCACCAUUAACUCCGUGAGUGUGCAGGCUUUGCUGAAAAACGAAGUGGUUGUGAAAGAGGAAAAAUCGAGCGGUUCAGCACUCCACACUGAACCCCUGCACAACGACGGUGCAAAUGUUGAAGGACUUGCCGUUAAAAGCGAAAGGUUUGACUUGUACAACAGUUGUGUAAGAGUUUCGCUGGAAAACUUUCAAAAGUGUUUGGUGUCGUUCCAAACCGCUCGCGCGUUGCCCCCACUUGCUUGGCCUGCUAAGGAACAGGUAAAAUCCAGUGUGGAAGAGCAGAGGUGCACCGAAAGAUGCCACGUCAGCAGUGUUGCCACAGUGAAAAAUGACUCUCGGGUAGUGGAAUCUAGUAAAUCGUCAUACAGUUGUGCAGAGAGCACCAACGAGGAGGACGAGGUUCAGAUAGUCUCCGUAACAGUUCCCGCAAUUUCCACCAAAAAGACUGAAAGCGCCCCAAAUUUUCUACCUAUUUGCGUCGACCUGAAGUCGCUGGGCGUAGCAGAGAUAACUUGCCCCGCCCCCAACUCAGAACACUCACUUGGCUCAGAGCCCAGCAACGUGCCUGAAUUGCAACGCUGCGUAGAUAACUAUAAUAACUCCAUUUGCACUGCAACAACCGCCACCGCUCCACAAUCUCGCUCCAUAGAGCUAAGUUUGUCGUUCAGAGACCGCAAUACCAUUAAGGAAAUCCUGUUCAAUCACAUCUACUUCUUGAUUCACAUAUUUAAUGCACAACGUGCUUACUUGAGCUGUCUUCAGAACCUGAGGCACUGCCAGCGCUAUUUCGCGUGGGAGUUUAGGCUAUUCGAAAAUGAAACAAAGAAGCGCAUCCGCAGCCAAUCAAUGCAGAUGUGCAAGGAACUGUUAGAGCUGCACAUUACAUGUUCGAUAAGCCUGCCAGCUACUGCUGAGGAGAUUGUGAAAAAUCUCACUAAAAAGCUGAAUGCAGUGGACACGCCCCAAAGGCUCACCAAGCCAAUGGUGCAUCUGUGUAUUUGGACUUUGAUGAGUGAACACUCGGAGUUGUACGCAACAGUGCCGCUUUUCAAGUUGAUUCUGAGUCAUUCCGACGUGGGGCGCAAACAGUGUGGCACAACAUACUCAGAACCGUUUCCCCUGCAAAUGAGGCAGUUGUUGAUGGAGCAGAUUCAACAGUACAAUGAGCUAGUGCGAACGACUACUAGGAUGGUUACGCAGCAGUCUGCGAGCAGCUCCAUUUUGUCUCUUUGCCUUUUGAGUCGCCCUACUGCCAAUCCACCUCAACGUCCUGCUCCAGCCAUUGAGAGGAUGGUCCAAGUCCAUCGGUAUAAGCCGCCUCGACACGCUAAUAGUGCCGUUGCUGAACGAGCGACUGCAACUCGGGCCUCUGGGGCUCCAAGCCUUCCCCCUCGAGUCACCCUUGCUACAAGCCAGUCUCCCAAUCGCUCAACCGCGCUACCUCGCGUUGACAACUUCGUCUUUCCCAUCAACGAGAAUUUUAGGAUCAGGUUGCCUUACUCCAGACCGUUUGUCUUAACUGCUGCCCUCGGUCCAGUUAUGUCCACGGCACCCAGCCGCGUUGCCACCCUGCAGGAUACGACGGGAAAUCCGGAUAAACCAGUGAAACGGCCGGUAGUUCAGGGCAUAGCGGCCCUUCACAACAUAGGAAGGGCGGAAGAUAUGUUGGCUUUCCAAAAAACUGAGCAACAAUUAGUGGACACUCCCAGCCGUAGAUCGAAGCUCGUGAGCCGCCAGCAGGAGAAGCCAGCAUCCAGCAUCAUAAGUUCUCCACUUGCCUGCGGUGUUGGUCCUCCACCAGAGGAAGAGCAAAGGCAGCCCGCCCAGGAGGCUGGUUCAGAAGAAAACACGCGUCAGCCGAGUAACGCCGACGUGGAAACUAUAGACUUGACAUGGCUGGAUGAUAUGAACGAAGAGGAGCUGAAAGACGAGCUGGACUAUGCAUUUGUUAAGACCGAACUCGAUGGAAGCUGUGAGCAAAUGGCUCCGAAAGAGGGAGAGGAAGAGGUCACCUACACGUAUGUCUAUGACACGAAUUUGUGCAUUUGUGACGAGCCACCAAAGUAUAGUUGCCACUGUGCACAGGCAUGGUAUUGCGGGAAAGCUUGUCAGUUGAAGGAUUGGAGUUCCCAUCAAUAUAUAUGCCAUUUAGUAACGGAAACCGAGAAGACUGAAUCACCAUUGCCGCUGAACGAAGAAACAAAGAAACCUGAACGAUGAAAAUCUGUGAUAAAUUGAAUUAUUAUAUAAAGUACUGAUUCAUAUAUUAAUUCGUUAUCUGUAAGUAGUUGUUAGCAUCUUAAUUUAGGUUUUGUGCCAUAUUGAAAAAGUGCAAGCGUGUUACGUUUGAAUCUACUGACUUACUAUUUAUUUUUCCUUUUUUUGUAUCGACUUGACUUUGACUACUCCCAAAUCUUUUCAACGUGGUUAUAGACAAAAUGCUCCUGCCCAAUGAGGAUGUUCUAUGGUUACUUUGACUUGUAGAUUACAGUAUGUAGCACCCAUUGUUGAGAGCUUGACUUCCAAUUUUGUUUUCAAACAGAAUUUUGAUUUUUACGUUUAAGUUAAGUUGCGUUUUUUGUAAUAUUUGUUAAUUUAUUUUGAAUAGUUCUGAAAUAUAUCAAUUGUAUGUUU